AUGGUGAGAGUUUCUGUCUUGAAUGAUGCUCUCAAAAGCAUGUACAAUGCUGAAAAGAGAGGAAAGCGACAAGUGAUGAUCAGGCCAUCUUCAAAGGUCAUCAUCAAGUUCCUCUUGGUCAUGCAGAAGCAUGGAUACAUUGGUGAAUUUGAGUAUGUUGAUGACCACAGAUCUGGAAAGAUUGUGGUGGAGUUGAAUGGUAGGCUCAACAAAUGCGGAGUCAUUAGCCCACGUUUUGAUGUUGCUGUCAAGGACAUCGAGUCUUGGACUGCCAGAUUGCUCCCAUCUAGACAGGUUGGGAUAGUAUCGAUGAUUGAAUCAGGUGGAGGUGGAGGAAAUCCAGGACCUGUAAAGUAUUCCCUUGGAUUCACGCCAUUUGCGAUCAAACCUUCUUCAUCGCCCGAAUUUAGGGAUCUUCGAGCUGGGAUUGGUCCAGAAGACUUGUCACCAUCCCUCUUUCUCCGCACAAGAAGACCCAGGACAACCAAACACCUUAACCCGGGAAAAGCACACAGCAAGACCCGGCAAUCAGAGUGCCCGGAACAAGCAACCAGCUUGACCGAGAAACGUAGCAAACUCGGGGCAGACAACCGGCUUUACCGAGAAAAGCAGCAAGGUCCCGGCACAAGCACUCAGCUAACCGAGAAAUGCAGCAAAACUCGGGUAAGCACGCACCUUAUUGAGGAAUGCAGGGAAACGUUAACCGGCAACCGAACGGGACCGAAAAAACUCGGUAAACUCGGGACAGCCCGGCUACCCGAGAAAACCAGGGGACGUGACCGAGAAAACUAG